CAGUCCCCGCCCCGGGUGUCAGCAGCCGCUGCCGACUGACCGCCCGCCCGACCAGCCCAGCCCAGCCCAGCCCAGUCGCCGCCGCUGCUGCUGCUGCCCGGGCACCAUGUGGCUGAGUCCCGGGGAGGUGACGCUGGCCAGCGCGCUGUGGGUGAGCGAGCGGGCCAACCCGUUCUUCGUGCUGCAGCGGCGGAAGGGUCACGGCGGCGGCGGCGGCCUGGCCGGACUCCUGGUGGGAACGCUGGACGUUGUGUUGGACUCGAGCGCAAGAGUCGCCCCUUACAGGAUCAUCCACCAGACGCAGGAGUCCCAGGUGUACUGGAACAUCGCCAGUGGCAGCUCCAGGAAGGAGAUCACGAAGCACUGGGAGUGGUUGGAAGCCAAUCUCCUGCAGACUCUGUCCGUUUUCGAGAACGAAGAGGAUGUGUCGACCUUCGUCAAGGGCAAGAUCCAGGGAAUCCUUGCCGAGGAAAACAAAAACAAGGAAGCCAAAGAGGAUCAGGAUUCGGGGAAGUUCAAGGAAGCGGAGUUGAAGAUGCAGAAGUUGUUUGGGAUGCCGGAGGAGGAGAAGCUGGUGAAUUAUUAUUCGUGCAGCUACUGGAAGGGACGGGUGCCCUGGCAAGGAUGGGUCUACCUCGGUGUCAACCACCUCUGCUUCUACUCCUUCCUGCUGGGCAAGGAAGUGAGGUUGGUGGUGGGAUGGGUGGACGUGACCCAACUGGAGAAGAAUGCCACGCUACUCCUCCCGGAGUGCAUCAAGGUCAGCACCAGGGACCAGGAGCACUACUUCUCCAUGUUCCUCAACGUGGGCGAGACCUUCAAACUGAUGGAGCAAUUGGCCAACAUCGCCAUGCGCCAACUGUUGGACAACCAGGGGUUCUCCCAGGACAAGGAUCUGCCCAAAGCCACCAACACCAUGAAGCACUCGUCAGCACUCAAACGGGACCUGGAUGCUCGGGCUAAGAGCGAGCGUUACCGCUCCACCUUCCAGCUACCGCGGGACGAGAGGCUGGACGGCCACACCGAGUGCACGCUGUGGACGCCCUUCAAUAAGAUGCACAUCUCUGGACAGAUGUUUGUCUCCAACAACUACAUCUGCUUCGCCAGCAAGGAGGAGGAGAGCUGCAACCUAAUCAUCCCUCUGAGAGAGGUGAGCAUCGUGGAGAAGGCGGACAGCUCCAGUGUCCUCCCCAGCCCUCUCUCCAUCAGCACCAAAAACAAGAUGACCUUCCUCUUCGCCAACCUGAAGGACAGGGACUUCCUGGUGCAACGAAUCUCCGACUUUCUACAGCGCACCCCAUCCCGAAAACUGGCCCGGAGUCCCCUCAGCCCCACCGCCCAGGUUUCGCCCGGGACGGAGCUGACCCCCUCAAUGUGCUCUCUGACGCCGAGCCCAGACUCUGCCACUGACAACAACCGGCUCCUCUUCAGCGACGAGACCACCCCCACCGCCACCCAACCCCUGAUGUGCAUCUUCCGCAGGGACUCCCCCGAGGAGCUCACCCCCAAGAUGGCCAAAGAGAAGAUGAAGGAGGAGUCGUGGAACAUUCACUUCUUUGAGUUUGGCCGUGGGGUGUGCAUGUACCGCACGGCCCGGACGAGAGAGCUCGUGAUCAAGGGUCUUCCCGAGUCACUCAGGGGGGAGCUCUGGCUGCUGUUCUCAGGCGCCCUGAACGAGAUGCAGAUGCACCCCGGCUAUUACGCGGGGCUGGUGCGGGAGUCCAUGGGCAAGGAGAGCUUGGCUACCGAGGAGAUCGAGAGAGACCUGCACCGCUCCAUGCCCGAGCAUCCUGCCUUCCAGAACGAGCUGGGCAUCGCGGCGCUGCGCAGGGUACUGACUGCCUACGCCUUCCGUAACCCCACCAUCGGCUACUGUCAGGCCAUGAACAUAGUGACCUCGGUGCUCCUGCUCUACUGCAAUGAAGAGGAGGCCUUCUGGCUCCUGAUCGCGCUGUGUGAGAGGAUGCUGCCCGACUACUACAACACUCGAGUUGUUGGUGCCCUGGUGGAUCAGGGGGUGUUCGAAGAUCUGACGAGGGAACACCUUCCUCUCCUGUACGAGUGGAUGCAGGAGCUGGGAGUCAUCGGCACCAUCUCCCUCUCCUGGUUCCUCACCCUCUUCCUCAGCGUCAUGCCCUUCGACAGUGCCGUGGUGGUGGUUGACUGCUUCUUCUACGAGGGCAUCAAGGUCAUUUUCCAGGUGUCCCUGGCCGUGCUCGACGCCAACCUGGACCCGCUGCUCAGCUGCUCCGACGAGGGAGAAGCCAUGACCAUCCUCGGCAGGUACCUGGACAAUAUUUGCAACAGGCAGGCUGCCUCACCUCCCAUCCCGCACCUCCACGCCCUACUCACCAGCGGUGAUGACACCCCGACACAGGUCGACAUCUUUGAACUGAUCAAGGCGUCGUACGAGAAAUUCGGAGCGAUCCAGGCGGGGGCCAUCGAACAAAUGCGGUUCAAGCAACGACUGAAGGUGAUACAGACGCUGGAAGAUUCGGCCAAGCGGAGCGUGGUGCGUGCGAUUCUGACGGACACGGCCUUCAGCAUUGAGGAGCUGGAGAACCUCUACGUACUAUUCAAGGCCCAGCACAUGAGCGGCUGUUACUGGGGCGGAGGCAGCACGGUGGAGCGGCGGGAUCUCAGCCUGCCCUACCUGGAGCAAUACCGCAUCGACAGCGCACAGUUCUGCCAGCUCUUCACUGCCCUCAAGCCCUGGGCAUGUGGGCCCCACUCCCCCAUACUGGCACAACGCCUCUUCCGUCUGAUCAACUGCGGCACAGACUCGCUCAUUGGCUUCAAGGAGUUCGUCACAGGCCUGAGUGGGAUGUACCACGGGGACCUGGCCGCCAAGCUGAAGGUGUUGUACAGACUACACUUGCCACCAGCUAUUUGGCCGGAAGAAGAAUCGGCGCUGGAAGCCACUCGGUACUUCACGGAAGAAACUCCAAGGGACAAGCCUUGCAAUGGAGCGGAACCUGGUGGACCACGGAUACAAGAGGGAGCGGGGAACGGGAGAUCAGAGACAGACGAGAAGAGCGAUUCACAGGACUACAGAUACCACCUGAGGGUGUGGGCGCGUGAGAGAGAGGGCGCCAAGCAGACCAUUAAAGAGUUGACUAAAAUGAACCAGGAGCAGUUUAUUGAGCUGUGCAAGACCAUGUACAACCUGUUCAGCGAGGCAGCGGGUGAGAGUGAGCUGUACCAGGCCAUUGCCACUGUUGCCACACUGCUGCUGCAGAUUGGCGAGGUGGGUAAGCAGUUUGCCCGGCCCGCCCAGCGGCCGUGUCUGUGUGCGGGCGGCCGGGGGACCCUGGACCUGGCCGGGGACCUCCUGAAGGACGCGCUGAAGGAUCGUACGGAGGGGCCGGCCUUGGAGAAGACCCCGCUGUCGGAGGAGGAGGGGCAGGAUGACACUUCCAUGUCCUCCUACUCCAUGAUCAGCUCGGGCUCGCUGCCCGGCGAGGAGCUCUCCGAUGAGGCGGUGCUGGUCAGCUGUGAGCUGCCGGGGAUUCCCACCGCUCCCCAGCGCCCCCCCGAAGCUGAGUGGUCCAUCUCCUUUGAGCAGAUCCUGGCCUCCGUGCUGACCGAACCGGUUCUGGUCGGCUUUUUCGAGAGGCGGGUGGACAUAGCCUCGAAGAUAGUCGCCUGCAAGGGUCAGAGGGUGAUGGAGCGGCAGGUCAGCUCGUCCAGUGAGCAAGAGUUUGCUUCGUCCACCAGCUGACUCAACCCAGCCCGUCCAACACCAACGUUCGGGAGGAGCUUCCUAACAACUCCACCGUCCUCGAGCAUUAAAUCCACUCCACAGCCACAUCCCACCACGGACAGCGAUUGUCCUCGAGAAUUUGCCCACUGAGAUCUUCACCCAUUUCUACGGGACUGGUGGGUUUGUAGCCCUGAUUCCUGCCAAUCGUCUGACGAAGGGUCCCGACCCGAAAUGUCACCCAUCCUUUCUCUCUCUAGAGAUGCUGCCUGGCCCGCUGAGUUUCUCCAGCGCUUUGUGUCAACCUUUGGUGUAAGUCAGAAGACACACUUGUGAUUGUCCUCGACCGAGUAUUGACCUGAUCUUGGCCUUUGUUUGGUGAGAUCUCCAUCAAUGAGAAGGACACAAGGAGUCCUGGUUCCUGAUUUUAAUGACAAUACUCUAUCUUAACACAUUAUACACAAUUGAAGA